UAUAUAUAAAAUUUAGAAUCUGUAUAUUCUUUAAAUUAAAAAUUAGAUUUUUUACAUUAAGUAGACGUCUAAAUUCCAUGAAUAGUCCAACUCGUUAUGGUUAGCUAUUUGGUUAUUGUCCUAUUUGGACUUCGCCCAAAAACGUCCAAGAACAAAUAAGCCCAAAAAAUAAGUCCAUCAGGACACAGUCCAAAUCCACCCAGCCCGUGGAAUUGACAUACCUAAGCAGAAAACUCAUCGAACAAUUACAUAGACGCCGUACAGUUUCUUCGCCCUCUACUGCUUUUCUUUUCUCAGACAGAGAGACAGACGAAACCCUAAUAAGCGAUGGGGAACAAGAGGUCCACGUCUGAAAAUGCAGCUGGCGAGCAACCUUCCGUCAAAGCAACUAGGAUUUGGGCUUCUAAGGUCAUCCAAGACUUUCGAGCCUCCGCUAACGAAGCUUACACGUUUGAGCAUAAUCUUUCAAACAGCGAACGUAGAGUCAUUCAUCUGAUGUGUCGGAAAAUGGGUCUUCGAUCCAAAAGUUCUGGGCGUGGGGAUCAAAGGUGUCUUUCCAUAUACAAAAGGAGUCACAAGAAUGGAUGGAAGUCAAACAGAGAGAAGCUCAGAUGUGUCUCGUUUCCGCCAGGGGCUGAUGCUAUUCUGCAGGACUUGUUUACUCACUAUCCACCUUGUGACGGAGACGCUGCUGAAACGUCGUUUAACAAGUAUGUAGGUCGUUCAGGUAAACAAGGGCGAUGGAGAGAUGAUGACUUUUUCCGGAAGCCACAGAUUAGUUGUGACGAGAUUGUAGAAAAGGCGGCGUCUUUGAGUUCUAGGCUAAGGAAAGAUAAAGCUCUCCAAGAGAUCUCUAAGCUGCGGUCAAAGCUUCCCAUUGCAUCAUUUAGAGACGCAAUUACCUCUGCUGUUGAAUCCAACCAGGUUAUUCUCAUUUCUGGUGAAACUGGUUGCGGGAAAACUACUCAGGUGCCUCAAUAUCUUUUAGACCAUAUGUGGUCAGCCAAAAAAGAGACUUGCAAAAUUGUUUGCACCCAACCUCGUCGUAUCUCUGCCAUGUCAGUUUCUGAAAGAAUAUCCUGUGAAAGAGGUGAAAGCAUUGGAGACAACAUUGGUUACAAGGUUAGACUGCAGAGCAAAGGUGGAAGGCGCUCAUCAGUUGUUUUCUGCACCAAUGGCAUUCUCCUGAGGGUGCUUGUAGGCAAGGGCUCUGUUAGCUAUGUUUCCGACAUAACUCACAUCAUUGUGGAUGAAAUCCAUGAAAGGGAUUGCUACUCCGAUUUCAUGUUGGCAAUUAUAAGGGACUUGCUUCCAUCAAAUCCUCAUCUCCGUCUGAUUCUAAUGAGUGCUACGCUUGAUGCUGAGAGAUUUUCUGGAUAUUUUGGAGGUUGCCCUGUUGUCCGUGUCCCUGGAUUCACUUAUCCAGUGAGAAGCUUAUAUCUGGAGGAUGUGCUCUCUAUUCUUAAAUCAGGUGGAGAUAAUAACAAUCUAUGCUCUACCAACUUGAGUAUACCGGUCCAGAACUUGACUGAUGAAGAUAAACUUGCUUUAGACGAAGCAAUCAUCUUGGCUUGGACAAAUGAUGAGUUCGAUGCCCUCUUAGAUCUAGUUUCUUCUCAGGGAAGUCCACAGGUCUUCAACUAUCAGCACCAAUCAACUGGGCUAACACCACUUAUGGUCUUUGCUGGAAAGGGAAGGAUCAGCGAUGUCUGCAUGCUCCUCUCAUUUGGCGCAGACUCGAUAUUAAAGUCUAAAGAUGGUAUGACAGCGUUAGAACUGGCCGAAGCAGAGAAUCAGCCAGAGGCUGCUCAAAUCAUCAGGGAGCAUGCUGAAAAUUCACAGUCUAACUCUCAGCAAGCACAACAGUUACUUGAUAAGUACAUGGCGACAAUCAAUCCGGAGCAGGUCGAUGUGAGUCUUAUACUCCAGCUAGUAAGGAAGAUAUGUGGUGAUUCAGAAGAUUGUGGUGGUGCUGUUCUUGUUUUUCUACCUGGUUGGGAUGAUAUAAACAAAACAAGACAGAGACUACUUGAUAGCCCUUUUUUCAAAGAUAGCAGUAAAUUCGACAUCAUAUGUCUUCACUCAAUGGUUCCAGCAGGGGAACAGAAGAAAGUAUUUAGCCGCCCUCCACGAGGUUGCCGCAAGAUUGUGCUUGCGACUAAUAUUGCUGAAUCAGCAGUUACCAUUGAUGAUGUGGUUUAUGUGAUAGAUAGUGGCCGGAUGAAGGAGAAGAGCUAUGAUCCUCACAAUAACGUUUCAACUCUUCAAUCUUCUUGGGUCUCCAAAGCAAAUGCUAAACAGCGUGAGGGUCGAGCAGGCCGUUGCCAACCUGGCAUUUGUUAUCAUCUCUAUUCUAGACUUCGUGCAGCCUCUAUGCCGGAGUUUAAAGUUCCUGAGAUUAAGAGGAUGCCUGUAGAAGAACUCUGCUUACAGGUUAAGAUACUUGAUCCAAAUUGUAAAGCAAAUGAUUUCCUUCAGAAGUUGUUGGACCCGCCUGUUGAUCAAAGCAUUGCAAACGCCUUGAGCAUCCUACAGAACAUCGGGGCCCUGACACCUGAGGAAGAGCUGACAGAACUCGGAGAGAAGUUUGGUCAUCUCCCGGUUCAUCCUCUUAUAAGCAAAAUGCUUUUCUUCGCUGUAUUAGUAAACUGUCUGGAUCCAGCACUUACACUGGCGUGUGCAGCCGACUACAAGGAACCGUUUACAAUGCCUAUGUCGCCCGUUGAAAGACAGAAAGCUGCUGCUGCGAAACUUGAGCUCGCGUCGCUCUGUGGCGGUGACAGCGAUCACCUAGCGGUUGUUGCCGCCUUUGAAUGCUGGAAAAACGCUAAAGAAAAAGGUCUUUUGGCUGAGUUUUGCUCUCAGUACUUUGUCUCCCCAAGUGCUAUGAAGAUGUUGGAUCAGAUGCGUAGCCAGCUUGAGUCGGAACUUAAAAGACACGGGAUUAUUCCAAGCGACAUCUCGAGUUGUAGCCAGAACUCCAGUGAUCCGGGUAUACUCCGUGCCGUCCUAGCGGUAGGAUUGUAUCCUAUGGUUGGAAGACUGUGCCCAUCUUUUGGUAAAAAUAGAAGAUCUAUAGUAGAGACUGCGAGUGGUGCCAAAGUCCGUGUGCAUUCGCUUUCCAACAACUUCAACUUGUCGUCGAGGGAGUAUGAUGAAUCUUUAGUUGUGUUCGAUGAGAUCACACGUGGAGAUGGAGGCAUGCACAUAAGAAACUGCACCGUUGCUCGCGAUCUUCCUUUGUUGCUGAUCUCAACAGAGAUAGCUGUAGCUCCUAUAGAGAGUAGUGAUGUUGAUGAUAGUGAGGAAGAAGAAGAAGAAGAAGAAGGAGAUUCUAGUAAUGAAGAGAGGAUCAAUAUAAAUAAAGUAGAGAGUAGGGGUGGUGAGAAAGUGAUGUCUUCGCCUGAAAAUUCAGUCAAGUUGGUAGUUGAUCGGUGGCUGCCUUUCAAAACCACAGCCCUUGAAGUUGCUCAAAUGUACAUUUUGCGUGAACGACUAACGGCGUCCAUCUUGUUCAAAGUGAGACAUCCACGGGAGAAUUUGCCGCCUCAUCUUGGAGCUUCUAUGCAUGCAAUAGCUUGUAUUCUCUCAUAUGAUGGCCAUGCGGGACUUUCAUCAAAACAUUCGAAGACUGAGAUGUAUGAAACUGGUGGAAGGGAGGAGAAACCGAACUCUUUCCUUAGCUCUCUCUUUUGGUCUCCGAGUCUGAAAGAGACUAAGCCUUCUUCUAGAAAGAGGAAAAGGAAUCGACAGCAUGGCUUCAACACGGCUCCAACAGAAGCUUCAUCGAUGCCUAGGCAGCAAAGCAAUAAUCAGAGAAAGCCUGAAUCAGCCAACAGUUUGGUUUCGGGUAACAAGAAAGAGAACAAGCCUUCUGAUCAGGUCUGUGGGAAUCAACAACCAAACACAGCUCCGAGAGAAGCUGCUGUAUCAAUAGCUAAGAAUCAAAGCAGCAAGAAAAGCAAGACAAGGUCAGGCAACAAGUCGGAUUCGGGUAAGAAGAAAGGCGUGGAUGUUCCAAAGAUUGAUCUCCAUAAAAUGCAACGCGAGGAAAAAACAAAGCUGAAGGGAAAUUCAUGAAUAGCCAAGGGUUAUGGUUUUGGUUUUGGGUCCCAUGGAGGCAGAUAAAUUAAUAUAUAAACCAAUCUAUGUUGGAUUGUUCCUCCAUUCUAUUUUGGCGGCUCUUGGGCGUAGAAACUUUAUGAAAUAUAUCAUGAACCGUGCUUUUAAUCGC